AUGGGAGACAAAAGCGACGAAGCAACGAAGAACUUUACGGCCGACAAAACUACUGCAACAGAACGCGUGUUGGGUAUUGCAUGGAUCCCGUCCGAAGAUGUGCUCACGAUCAGCGUACAGUUCAAGGACGACCUGGAACCACUGCUGUCUGGCGAGGUAAAACCAUCGAAACGUCAAGUACUCCCUGUGGUGAUGAGUUUCUUCGACCCUCUCGGGCUAAUCUCGUUCUAUACGGUUCAUGGAAGAAUUCUAAUCCAGGAUAUCUGGCGGUCGGCAGUUCAGUGGGACGACCCCAUUACAGAGUCAGACUUCCUGAACUGGCAGCGGUGGAUUGUACGAUGUCCGAACUUAAACGAGGUGCGUAUACCAAGAUGCUAUUUCCCGGAUCGAUCGAAUGACGAGUGUUACACAAAUCUACAACUGCACAUCUUUGUGGAUGCGAGUGAGCAGGCCUACUGCAGUGUAGCUUUUUUUCGAAUAGUUGAUCAAGGGGUUCCACGGUGUGCACUUAUUGCUGCUAAAUCGAAGGUGACACCGCUGAAACCGCAAUCCAUACCACGCAAUGAGUUAAAUGCGGGAGUUCUUGGUGUGCGUCUAAUGAAGACUAUCUUGGAGAACCACACGCUGCCCAUCUCAAAACGAUUCAUAUGGACUGACUCUACGACUGUAUUGGCAUGGUUGCGAGCGGAUCCUCGACGUUAUCGCCAAUAUGUGGCACUGAGAGUUGUUGAAAUUCUGAACGAUAGCGACAUCAGUGAAUGGCGAAAGGUGAAAUCGGACGUAAACGUCGCCGAUAUGGCAACGAAAUGGGGAAAUGGGCCAUGCUUCGACCCCAAAAGUGUUUGGUUCAACGGCCCUGCAUUUCUCCAUGAGCCGGAUAUCGAAUGGGAUGUAGCAGAGCCAAUUUCAUCCGAAGUGAACGAAGAACUCAGAGCGGAUUACGACCAGGCCGAGAAGAGUAUUUUGCGUAUGGUACAACUGCAACAGUUCCCGGACGAAGUGGCAUGCCUGCAGAAAGGCGCCAACUGUUCGAAAGAAUCGAAGAAUCGGAUUACGAAAUCAAGCCCACUCGUGAAACUGUCUCCGUACAUCGAUGAGGACGGCAUUCUGCGGAUGGAAAAUGCGAACAGCCGUUGGGAAGGUGGUACGCAGGUGCACGUGGUGCCGUGUAUACCGAGCAAAACCACGUGA